AUGUGGCAUCGGAGCGCGGUGCUUCUGCUACUAGUACUGCUAGCAAAUCCAGUACUUCCUAGACGAUCGUCCAGUGGUGGAGGAUUCCAGUCCAGGGGACAAAGUGGAGCUAGGGGUUCAGUAGCAGCAGGACGUGCUACCAGCGGAAGCGUCGUACGAGGUGGCGGAAGUUCCAUUUCAGGGAAAAGUGGAGUUCCGAGUUCGGGAAAGAGCGGACAACCGGGAGGGUUCAACCAACCAGGUGGCUUCCAUCCACAGCCUAACCAAGGAGGAUUCAAUCCACAGGGUGGUUUCCAUCCUCAGCCUAAUCAAGGAGGAUUCCGUCCACAACCUAAUCAAGGAGGAUUCCACCCGCAGCCUAACCAAGGAGGAUUCCAUCCGCAGGGUGGUUUCCAUCCACAGGGAGGCUUUCGUCCUGGCACUGGUCCCGGUUCUUCUGCUAGCAGUGGAACUUUCAAAAAGGCACUCAUCGGAGGAGCUUUGGGAGCGGUCGGAGGUCUGGUAGCUUUUGAAGCCGGCAAGGCUAUUAUACAGUCAGCGACGAGACCGUUUAACCAUGGUGGACAUGACUACUACUGGGAUAACAACUACCAGCACAAGAGUAACGAAAUCAUGUGUUCGAUGCCGCUUAGCCAGUUGCAGCAGCUGACUCCCACCACAACAACCACUACGACGACCGCGGCCCCAGGUGCUGCCGGGGAGACUACGACGGCUCCAGCCGCUACAACCCCGAAUCCCGACCAGGUGUUGAAUAACUUGCAAUUCGCUGACGGUUCUCGUCCAAAGCAGAUCACUUGGGGUUGCAAACGAGGCAUUGAAGUGUGCUGUGGCACAGAUUGCUGUCCUGCUCCUGCAAACAACGCUGCUGGGGGCGGCGGCGGCAGUUCUGGCGGAGGCGGUGCUGCUCAGAACAUGGCUGGUGUCGCAAUAGGCGUGCUCCUUCUCGUACUUCUUUCGUGUUGUUGUUGUUGCUUCCUUGCGUACAAAUGUUGCCGAUCAGCUUUUGAUGGUUUCCUGCCUCAAAGCAACAAACAAGACGAGAUGCAUCCAGACCCGUAUUCACAACAAUACCCUAUGCAGCAAUACCCUUCUCAAUCCUAUCCUCAAAAUCAAGGUUAUCCACCUAACCAAGGAUAUCCACAACAGGGGUAUCCACAGCAAGGUUAUCCUCAACAAGGCUACUCACAAGCAUAUCCACCUCAUCCCACUUACUAG